AUUCCCUAAAAGUAAAAUGUUGGAGGUUCCAGAUAAUAUAUCGGAAGCUAGCUUCGUGACGAGCGUCGAGGAAGCGGCUCGAGUCGACCAAUGCACGCAGACGCCUCCUUGCGGCAAGGCGCGCCCACGCACCUUGCAAAGGUACCACACUACCGACCACAUCUUCGAGCGCUCACACAGAACCCAUCGACUCAAGCACGACUCGCGCCCAAAGAGUCUAGGGCUCACUGACUCCUAUCCGUUCAUUGCGAAGCCGCCAAGCUAUGAUUACCCAAAAUUCAAGGUCAGCGUGACUGACAGCCCAACGAUCUCGGUGACCCCACCCCAUAGCUUAGAAUACGUGUGCACUAAAGGAGGGACCAGCCCCAACGGUAGUGUGACCCCUAACGGCAUGGUGUCCAACAAGUCAGCUGCUACGGUGUUGCUGAGUCCAGGGUAUCUGCAGGGGCACUGUCAAUGUAACCAGUCUAUUAAAAGUGUAAGCGAGGUAGCGCUAACGAUGCCGGUGUCUCCGGCAUGGAACGAGGAGUUGCCGCAGGGCUCCGAGGGGCUCUCGUGGCGGAGACUGCACAUGUCGCGCGCCAAACUCAAAGCCACUGCCACCACCUCGGAACUGCUGUCAGGUUUCGCGAUGGUGGCCAUGGUAGAACUUCAAAUCAACGAGCCGACGAACGUUCCAGAAUGGUUGUUCGUAAUGUUCGCAGUUUGCACGACUGUCCUCGUGGCUGUACAUAUCUUCGCGCUUAUGAUCUCUACCUACUUGCUGCCGAACAUUGACGCGGUCAGUAAGAUGGAGACGCCGAGAGCACCCGCGAGAGCGCUGCGGGACUCGCCACAUGAACGCAUGAGGGGGUUCAUUGAACUGGCUUGGGCAUUUAGUACUGUUUUAGGUCUAUUCUUAUUCCUUGUGGAGAUAGCAAUCCUCUGCUGGGUGAAGUUUUGGGACUAUUCGUUCGCAGCAGCCACGGCCGCCACUGUCAUCGUAAUACCAGUAUUAAUCGUCUUCGUGGCGUUCGCGAUUCACUUCUAUCAUUCUUUGGUGGUACAGAAGUGCGAGACUUCGGACCAAGACAUAGAACAGCUGGAAAGCAUGAAAAGAGACCUCGACACAGCAACUGUCAAAGUAAAUAUGUUUUAACGUAACAAAGUUUUGGCAGCAAAUAAAAAGACAUUUUAAUUUUAAUGCUGGCAAUUUUGUCUGGGGAAAGCCCAGACCUCAACGGUGAUAUUUUGCCCUAUUUUGUUUGUAGAGUAUUGAAGUUAUCACCAAUCGGCUAUUCCCAUGACGUAACGGAUUUGUAAUGUAGGUUAUGGCGCGAAAAUCGGCAGCCAUAUUGUUUGUUGGUGCCUAACGUUGACGACAAGCCAGUAUGUAAUUUUUAAUUGUUUUAGGUACGGUUCUUUUGUAAUAAUUGUUCCCUGUGAUAAUUGUCCUUGAAUCUUUGAUAUUAUUUCUAUGUUAGUGUGGCCGAGACGUGCGUGGCGAGCGGAGAUAUCGAAUAAAUGUAACAACGAUCUGUAAUCGAAUUAGAUACCGAUUUUUUUGACUAGGUUUUCACGAAAAAUCUCCUGACUCCAAUAUAUUGAUGUUUUAUAAAUGUAAUAUUAUUUUCUCAAGUUAUAUGUCGAAGAGCGGUCAAUGUAUUAGUUUGUGGUAAUCGAAUCUUUGAAAAUGAUCUAUGGAGGAAUCUCAAAAAAAAAUGGUUGGAUAGUUGACGCUAGACGGCACUGAAAUAGACUGACGGAUAAAUUGAAUUAAAAAGAAAACAAACUGAAUUAAAAGUGCGAUAAUCCGCUAAUGAAUCCCCACUUUAUUUUAUUCUCUAGCGUCAACUAUAUGGAUUCAUACUUUAACUUAUCUAUCUUUGUCUAUACCUACAUAAGGCUCUGGCUCUGUUUGAGUCCACAUUAGCACGUUUGUCGCUCUUCCCACGCAAAUUACAAAAUUCCAAGUGCUAAUUACUGAUGAAGGUUUGUGGACACAAACAUGAACUUUUAGUAUUCUAUGAUAAACAUUCGACCACAAAGAACAUACCUAAAUUAAGAAAAGAAUGAAGUUUCGCAAAAAGAUUGUCUAUUAUUACCCAAUUGAAUUCCUAAAACGAACGUGUAAAUAUAACGAUGUCUAAUAAGUAAAAUAAACGCUAAGUUAAGGUAUUGCUAUUUAUAAAAGUUCUUGGGAGUAUUAAAAUAUCAAAAGUACAAUGUGAAAAAGUAAAUUUUUACCUUAUGUCCGUUACAUAAGGUCCAAAAUUGUGUACUUUUGUUUGUUUUAUGUAAUUAUCUUAUGGUGCUGACUUUGUAACUGAUAUUCAGAUUAUUUGUCAAUUAAGAUCUUAUUUGUCUAGUUAUUUCAGUAAUAUAAUGUUGGAAUAUUAAAAAGAUAGGUUUCUUUCAUAUUUCCACCAAAGAGUCUUCCAGAUUUUGAUGUAAUGUACAAUUAAAAGAAGUAAUUAAUGUGUUAAACUCAUGUAGGACCAACUAUGUAAAGUGAAUGUAUGUACUCCAAACUGUUGAACCAGUAUUUAAAAUAAAGUAUAUGAUGAGAAUUAUUUAUAAGAAUAUUUUAAGAAAAAAAUAAAUGAAAUAAUUAUGUUGU